AUGAGUACCAACCCAGAUGCUCCGUCGAAAGAGACCGAGGCUCUUCCUAAGCUGUCGGCAUCGGAGUUUCGGGAAUAUAACCGGUUGGCUGAGCAUAUGGAGUAUUUUCACAACCAUUUCCGGCACACCUGGAAUACACUCUACGACGCCUGCUGCGCCAAUAAAAGACCAUCGGGCGUCUCAAUCCGCCAGUUCAUGAACAUGGGGAUGGAGUUCACCUCGCAGCUCAACAUGCAUCACAGCAUCGAGGAGCAACACGUCUUCCCCAACCUUGCCAAGAAGAUGCCACAGUUCAAAAAUGGAUUGGAUCUGCUUAAACAGCACAAGGAGAUCCACAAGGGCAUGGAUCGGUUGGAGGAGUACUUGGAAGCUUGUAGGACUGGGGAGAAGGAGCUUAGGCUGUCCGAGAUGAAGGGGGUCAUGGAUACGUUUGGUAAGGUGCUGUGGGAGCAUCUGGAUGACGAGGUUCGUACUCUUGGGGCGGAGAAUAUGAGAAAGUAUUGGACAAUAGACGAGAUGAAGCGAUUUCGUAUGUAA